CCGGCCCGCCCCGGAGAGGCCUUGGCGCCGCGGUGACGUCGGCGCUUCCUUCUUUCGCGGGGAGCCGGGAGCUGAGAGCGCCAUGGGCCGCGUCAUCCGGGGCCAGAGGAAGGGCGCCGGCUCCGUCUUCCGCGCCCACGUGAAGCACAGGAAGGGCCCGGCCAAGCUCCGCGCCGUCGACUUCGCCGAGAGGCACGGCUACAUCAAGGGCAUCGUCAAGGACAUCAUUCAUGACCCUGGCCGAGGUGCUCCCCUUGCCAAGAUUGCGUUCCGUGACCCCUACAGGUUUAAGAAGAGAACUGAACUCUUCAUUGCUGCUGAGGGUAUUCAUACCGGUCAGUUUGUUUACUGCGGCAAGAAAGCUCAGCUGAACAUUGGCAAUGUUCUGCCUGUUGGCACCAUGCCAGAAGGCACCAUCGUCUGCUGCCUUGAGGAGAAACCUGGUGAUCGUGGAAAGCUGGCCCGUGCUUCUGGGAACUAUGCUACUGUCAUCUCUCACAACCCUGAAACAAAGAAAACCAGAGUAAAGCUGCCUUCUGGAUCCAAGAAAGUGAUUUCUUCUGCAAACAGAGCUGUUGUGGGUAUUGUUGCUGGUGGAGGUCGUAUUGACAAGCCUAUCCUAAAGGCUGGCCGUGCUUAUCAUAAAUACAAGGCAAAGAGAAACUGCUGGCCACGUGUCCGUGGUGUGGCCAUGAAUCCUGUAGAACAUCCCUUUGGUGGUGGUAACCACCAGCACAUUGGCAAGCCUUCAACCAUCAGGAGGGAUGCUCCUGCUGGGCGCAAAGUUGGUCUCAUUGCUGCCCGUCGUACAGGUAGACUGCGUGGAACAAAGACUGUGCAGGAAAAGGAGAACUAAUGACCCAUUAUGGAAUUUACAGAAUAAACUUUUAAAACUUA